AUGAUAUGGAGUAUAACAUUGGCUCAAUGGCCUUCUUGGGAUCCAGAAAUUGUUGUUAUUAACAAACCUACUGUUACAGAAAAUAAUGGUGUUUAUAAGAGAAUUAGAUAUGGAUAUUAUACAUUUCCUUCUAAUACACAACCAAAUACAUGGAAUCCGUCACCUCCAAGUCCACCUCCAUCUCCAUGGCCACCAUAUCCUCCACCAAGGCCUUCAACAUGGCCUCCGUCAUGGUACUCCUCCUGGUCUUCCAACCCAUCAUCCAAUUGGCAGUAA